AUGGCCGGAGUUUUUAAAACGGUGACGUUUUUGGUUUUGGUUUUCGCCGCGGUGGUUGUUUUCGCCGAGGAUUACGAUGUUGGUGAUGAUACCGAAUGGACGAGACCUAUGGAUGCUCAGUUCUAUACUACUUGGGCUGCCGGUAAAACUUUCCGAGUAGGGGACGAGCUCGAAUUCGAUUUCGCUGCUGGACGUCAUGAUGUGGCAGUUGUAACAAAAGAUGCAUAUGAAAACUGUGACAAAGAGAAGCCUCUCAGCCUCAUGACAACUCCUCCGGUCAAGAUUAUUCUAAACACCACUGGUCCACAAUACUACAUUUGCACCGUUGGUGACCAUUGCCGCUUUGGUCAGAAACUUGCCAUCAAUGUAGUCGCUGCUGGUGGACGAACUGGUGGUGGUGGUGCUACCCCAGGACCAGCAGGGUCAACCACCCCAGCUGCUGGAGGAACCACCCCCACCCCUCCUGCUGGGACCACUACACCUCCCGGUUCUAGUGGAACCACUACUACUACACCUGCUGCUGGAAAUGCCGCUUCUUCGUUGAGUGGUGCUACUUUUUUGGUAGCCUUUGUUUCUGCAGUUGCUGCUCUCUUUUGA